GUAAAGCCUCCUUCUCCCGCCCGGUCCCCUCUUGGUGUGAAUUGCAGGGACUCCAGGGCGCUACCGUGCAGCGCGGGAGUUGCAAAUAGACAGGUGGCUGCAUCUUCCGGCAAGAUAACCUCCCUCUCCCAGCCUUCUCGUUUCGGGGACCCUUUUUUAAAGUUGUGUUUCUAAUUAACGUAGUAUCAUGUGCCUCAUAGUGACACCUUCUCCCGUGGAAAACCGAUUCCAGCCGGUUUAGGCAUCUUGAGACUCAAACCUCUUUUACUUCCUCAUUCUUAAAAGUAGAGAAGAGUUUCCCUACCUAUCCCAGUGAAACAUAGGAAAUUCCCUGUCUGAACAGCUGUAGGGUAUUAAGACAAUUUCUUCAUGAACUAGUCUACAAAAUUCACUUUUUGUGCUCUUUAAAUAAUGUCUCUUGCUUGUGUAAAGUGGAACAGUUACAAUGUGCAUGAGAAAUUUUAGUCCAGGGAAAUGAAAAUACUUCAUUGAGAAUUCAGGGAUUAAUCAGCUGUAGUGAUUCCACCCAAUGCAACCAAACCUUCACUAAAAGGAUUUGGGUUCAUAUCCAUCAUUCUCAGCUGUGGUGAAAGGGUGUAGUCUGACAUUUGGAAGCCUAAGAACCAAGUCUGUUGCCUUCCAAUUUAUUAUUAUUUUUUUAAGCCUUCCAUCAUGUGUGUACUUUGCUUGAAUGAUUAUUUUAAAGUACAUGUCCUAUUUUUGCCGAUCUGACAGCUGUUGCCAUAGAAACUAGAGAAGAAAUAGUCAUUUUCAGCAGAGUUGUUAAAACUGUCUUCUAGGCUUCAGCUGUGAAUGCCAGUGAGGGCUGUACUUGCUCAUUCUGAGAUGGUACUUAAAGAAUUAAGGAUCUGAAAUGUUCUUAGAGGCUAACAAUCCAGAUUGUUUAAUUUUCUCACAUCAUUAAUUUAGUAAUCCUAGACGUUUGCCAGCUAUGUUUGUUGACCUGCUGCAGUUCUUUGAAGAGGAUAUGUAAGCCCGGAUUCUUCUGCUCUGUGUGGGCUAGUCACUGGCUCUUUGAAAAUUUAUAAAUAGAUUUCUUCUCCCAUUCUUUACCCUUUCUUAAGGAUAAAGCAGGGAUUACAAACUAUCAGGCACUAUUUCUGUUCUAAGUGACACUUGUCGGUGAUAUAAAUGAUAAUGUUUUUGCUUGUAUGUGUAAUAGGUAUGGUGCGGGGCUUCUGCUUAUACCUUCUGUGUCAGUAGAACACUUUACAUUUCACAGAAGUCGAGAGUGAUGAGCAGGAGUUUGCUUGACAUGUGAGCAGAGCUAAGCAGUGUAAAUAGAUGUGCGCACACAGAGAUGAGAGGUGUUUUUUUUUUUUUCCUGCUGAGAGGAGUAAGUAAAUCCAUGGGUCUGGAACUUAGGAGUUGGUGAAGAAAGGGUGGGGAAGGUGCCUGGAGAAAUAGUGGGAAGUGGUAAUUUGCAGGGUUUAGUCUACAGUAUGUAGGAGUUUAUUGAAGUGCAUAGAAACCAAUGAAAAUUACAAAUACAGUUGGCUUUAUUGGCUUGGGGCUUACAGCAAUAGUCACACAUUCUGUAAAAAUGUAGAUAGCACAGAAAUACAGAAGAUGGAAAUGCUGAAUCCUUACAACCGUCAUCCUGCCACUCCAAAUAACCACUGUGAAUGCUUUGGUAUAAUCAAGUAAAACAACGAUGAGCUUCAUCUAUGGACUGCAGUCUGCUGCUAGAAACUGUUUUUUCUUCCGAUUUAAUUUACUGACCAAUUGGAGAAAAUGUAACACACAAGCUGUAACCUCACGGGACUUUCAUCAAGUGAAAAUUAACCAUAUAGUAAAUAAAUCUCCGGGCCUGGGAGUAAAUCACAUUGAUAGAUGGACUCCUCUGCCUGAAAACUUUCUCUUCUAUAGGACUUUAAAUACCAAAAGAAAAGACUGCCUUUUGAGCACCAGAAGUAAGGAAAUUUGGAUGAUUAGCCGAAAAUACACUGCAUGGACUGACUCUUUUUCAAGACAGCUGCUGAUGAAAGACGUUCCCAUAGUUCCUGCUCAUGCAGUGUUGCAUCCCCUGAACUGUUUACCCCCAAGAGACAUCAGGAGUUUCCACACUUCUCCACGGUGCCAAGCUGCUCCUGUUCCUCUGUUGUUGAUGAUUCUUAAGCCAGUGCAGAAGCUGCUUGCAAUCAUUGUGGGCAGGGGCAUAAGAAAAUGGUGGCAGGCACUUCCUCCUAACAAGAAGGAACUAUUUAAAGAAAGUUUAAGGAAGAAUAAAUGGAAGCUCUUCCUUGGCUUGAGUAGUUUUGGAUUGCUUUUUGUAGUGUUUUAUUUUACACAUCUGGAAGUGAGUCCAGUCACAGGAAGGAGCAAGCUACUGUUAUUGGGGAAAGAACAUUUCAGACUUUUAUCAGAACUGGAAUAUGAAGCAUGGAUGGAAGAAUUUAAAAAUGAUAUGCUAACUGAGAAAGAUGCGCGAUAUGUGGCUGUUAAAGCAGUGGUUCAUCAUUUAAUUGAAUGCAAUCAAGAUAUUCCAGGGAUCUCUGAGAUCAAUUGGAUUAUUCAUGUGGUUGAUUCCCCAGAUAUAAAUGCCUUUGUACUUCCAAAUGGACAAGUGUUUGUCUUCACUGGACUUUUAAAUAGUGUGACUGAUAUUCAUCAGCUUUCCUUCCUUCUGGGCCAUGAAAUAGCACAUGCAGUACUUGAGCAUGCUGCAGAAAAGGCUAGCUUGGUUCAUUUAUUGGAUUUCCUAGGUCUGAUUUUUCUUACGAUGAUUUGGGCCAUUUGUCCUCGAGAUAGUUUGGCACUUUUGGGCCAGUGGAUACAGUCUAAACUGCAGGAGUUUUUGUUUGAUAGACCAUAUAGUAGAACGCUGGAGGCUGAAGCUGACAAAAUUGGACUACAGCUUGCUGCCAAGGCCUGUGUGGACGUCAGAGCCAGUUCAGUGUUUUGGCAGCAGAUGGAAUUUGCAGAAAGCCUCCACGGUCAUCCCAAGUUGCCAGAAUGGUUAUCUACACACCCUUCUCAUGGCAAUCGAGCUGAGCACUUGGAUAGGCUCAUUCCUCAGGCUCUCAAAAUUAGAGAGACCUGUAAUUGCCCACCACUUUCUGGACCAGACCCUCGAUUACUAUUCAAACUCAGCAUGAAGAAUUUUCUUGAAGCAGAGAAAGAAGACCUAAAUAUCACUGUUAAACAGAAAACGGAUACUCUUCCCAUCCAAAACCAGAAGCAAAUACCAUUAACAUGUAUAGUGGACAAAAGAACUGGCAGCUGAAUUAAAAUUUAUGAGACACAGGAUACAUGAAGAAUGCAGCAGUCCUUAUCAUUUUCAUGUUAUUUUUUAAAAAUGAUGUUUGAAAGGAAAAAAAUGGAUACUCAGGGUCAAAUCAUGUAUAUUACAGGUAUUAUCUAAAUUCCUACACUAGGUAUUUAUUUUUCGUGAAAUAUUGAUGUAUUUAAUCAAUUUAAAAAUACCUUCAAUGAGGAAAAUGCCACAGAAUAAAUUUAUAUUACAUAUUUUA